CACCACUUCCAACACCAGAUAUCUGCGAAUAGAGGACGAUAGACCAAGAACACUGAUUUCAAAUAUAUUAAACAUUAUCUCGUGCAUUUGCGCUGGCACAGCUGCUGUGGGCGUUGACUACAUCAAGCCCAGUCGUGCUGACGAAGCGCAGAUUUUGUUAACCAUCGAACGGUUUGCAUCCAAUUACUUGGGUGCUUUGUUUGACAAGGGCGUCGACACCAAGGCGAUGAUUGAAAGUUCCUAUGAGCCACAUUUUUAUAUUCACAUGUUCCAUUAUGACUACACGAGACAAACACUUACUCCUUAGGUAGGCGGCGAACUUAAGCAUCCCUGCAACUUGAAGGGUUUGGUAAUAGCUUAUACGAGCUCAUAUUAGGUCCACGUUGUUUUAAUUAAUGUCAAUCAAUCUGACCUAAACUACAUAAUAACGUUAAAAGACUCGCACUACAAACAACCUGCUUUCACCCAUUUGUAUCAACUCGGGUUUGUUGCAUACAGCUAGCCACCAAACAUACGAUGCAAACAGCGCAGGGCCUCGCCAAGCGUGCUUGUGCUCAACAAUUUGCGCAAAUCCGCGCCGCGGCCAGAUGUAAGCACCUCGAAAUGGAACCAACCAAUCCACAUGGCGGCACGGGAAUAAUUGGUCGCACGAAAGAGCAGCGUAUCUGUUGAGCAUGUCUGAUCGGACCGUUGGUCUUCGUGAUAGCUAAAUCUUCCUGAUGAAAGCGCGGAGCACGGGUAGCCAAAGUCUACAAGUCUUCAAUGUUACCAUCACAUCCAUUCUCAUGGAAAGACUUCAUUCGGAAGUAGAUGCCAGCUGCGCGACUGCGCUUUCAUAAUCUCUCCUACCUUGCUGCCGACUGAAGGGUCAUUGUGUGGUUCCUGCUUGGUACCUGCUCAGUUCGCCCAUCACCCCACUCCCAAAUCCUCGUAUCCAUAAAUCUGCUCAUACACGCGCACCCUGAUCCAAUCAGAGCCAUGCAAUAGGAGAACCAAACGGAUUUACAUCGCAUCUGUCCUAUAUCUAUCUCUCGGUGAAGCCUACUCCGUUACCUUUUCCUACGCCGUCUCAACCGUUAAUAAGAUUAAGUGGAAGAAGAUACUCACCCACUCUCCUUGAUAAUGGAUCACUCGGGCCACAUGAGUUCAAGUUCUUCGGCAGCCAUGCCCGCAAGCACUGGCAUGUCAGAGAUGGACAUGGGGGGAAUGGAUCACGGAGGUGGUGGUCACGGAGGUAUGAGCAGCUGCAAGAUCAGCAUGCUUUGGAAUUGGAACACCAUAGACACUUGCUUUAUUUCAGAAUCAUGGCAUGUCACGUCAAAAGGCAUGUUUGCAGGGUCUUGCAUCGGUGUAAUCCUCCUCGUCCUUUCCCUCGAGUUCCUCCGCCGCGCCGGCAAGGAGUACGAUCGAUACAUCCUCGCGCAACACACUCGCUCUCUGGCCUCGGCGACAACAACUACCUCUUCCUCCAACUCUUCCACCGCUGCUGGUAAAACUGCAGCUACGUCCAGUGCCGGGGAAGCUGCUGCCGUCCGUACUUCGACCCCGUCUUUUCGUCCCAAUAUAUUGCAGCAAGCUGUUAGGGCGCUACUCCACAUGCUGCAAUUUGCGGUCGCCUACUUCGUCAUGUUGCUCGCCAUGUACUACAACGGGUACUUCAUCAUUUGCAUCUUCAUCGGCGCUUUCCUGGGAUACUUUAUCUUCAGCUGGGAGAGCUUCAACGUAAAAUCGGGAGCAAGCGAUCGGAAUGAAGAGGAAGUCACGGUGUGUUGCGGCUGA